CGGCGCCCUGCGGACAGAACCUGAACUGACGCCCGCCAUGCUGGCCAGCCUAUGGCGGCUGCACCGGGAGGCGUACGGCGCAUGCGCGGCGGCCCGCUGGCUGCCCGAGCCGCCGGUGGCCGAGCCGCCCGACCUCAUCCGACCCUUCUGCGAGAGGUACCGGCUGCUGUCGGCGCUGGAUGAGCCGCUCUCGUCGCUGCUGGAUGCCGACGCUGACGGUCAGCUGGUGGCCGCUCACCUGAUGGCCGCCGGCGUGCUGGAGGCCGGCGUCGAGCCGGAGUCGGCCGCGCUGGCGCCGCCGCCGCCUGACAAGCCGUACGACGUGUACCGCGACCCGCACGUCACCGAGGUGGUGUCGUGUCGCGGCGCGCUGCAGCGGCUGGACGGCCGUGCCGGAAAGCUGCUCGCAUCGUGGCCCGAGCACCCGGCACUGGUGCAGCUGCGCCGCACCAUCGACCGCGUGCUCCAGCUCAAGGUCACCACGCCGCUGGUCAAGGUCGUCACGGGGCUGGAGCUGGUGCUGGAGCGCGCCCAGGACUGGGAGCAGAACGCACACAAGGGUGUCUCGCUGUCGACGCAGCUGGAGGAGAUCACGGACCUGGUGCUGCGCUGGCGGAAGCUGGAGCUGGACUGCUGGAAGCGCUGUCUCGACUCGACCGCCUACAACUGCCACGUGUCGGCGUCGCGCUGGCUGCCGCACCUCAGCGUUCAUCGAGUCCAGCCCGCUGGGCGAGGUUCCCGGCCCGGCUUCAGAUGCUGCUGGCCUCGCACCAGCAGCUGA